AUGCUGGACGAGCUUUGCUUGCUACAGCUUUCGGGUGCACAGGUUCUGGAAGCCUUGGAGAAUUCGGUAUCCCAAUACCCUCGCCUUGAGGGACGGUUCGCACAAGUCAGCGGCGUGUCUUUCCAGUUCGAUGCGGCGAAGCCGCCGAACCAGCGCAUCGUCGAGGGCAGCGUGCGGAUCGGUCCAGACUUGCUCGACCUGGAAAAGAACUACAAGCUUUGCACCAAGGACUACCUGCGUCAGGGCAAGGACGGUUACGACGUUUUCCGGGACGGCAUAUGUUUAGCUGAUGGGGAAACGGCAGGGAUACUGCCCUCAUUGGUCAGGGAUUGCUUUGCAAACUUGGACAUGCUGAACGGGGAGAGCGACACGGGUGUGGCGAAGCGGUCCUCCACGUUCAAUGCCAUGAGGAUGCUGGAAACCUUCAGUCCAUCCAAAGUGGGUGAUGGACCGGAGAUGCUGAAGCGGUAUGCUAUCUAUCCGACGGUUGAGGUCGUAAGUCCACCUUCGAUGCCAUUGACUGUCACUGGCACGUCAGAUGGGGUUUCCCUAAACCCUAAACCCUAA